AUGUUCUUCAUGCCUAGUACAGCCGAGCAAUCCGAGAUAGGCUCGGUGGGCGACGGCCGGCACUGCACGCGAGAGCCAGACCCCAUCCAGGCACCCACCAAAACCUGGCCGGCUCUAGAUGCCGACAGCACUUUUGAGGUGCAGCGGAUCGGCGCGGACGAGGCCCUCAAGAAGGGCGACCAUCUCGUCGGUUAUAAAUUGGGCAACAUCGCCAAAGUCAUGCAAAACGCCUUCGGACUCGAUCAUCCGGACUACGGGUUCCUCCUAGCUAGCACGACCAUUUAUGAAGGCACGUCCGUGCCGCGCAACAAGUACAUUAAACCCUUUGUGGAGCUCGAGCCAGCCUUCGUGUUGCGCGCGCCUUUACGCGGGCCUAAUGCCACCAUCGUGGACGUGAUGAAUGCCAAUGACUACGCCAUCCCUGCCAUCGAGAUUAUCAACUCGCGCGUGCAGAACUGGGCCAUCGACCUACCGGACACGCUGGCGGAUAACGGGCCGACGGGCUCCAUCAUCCUCGGCGGCACGCCGCGGAAAUUGACUGAACUGACUCUGCGCGACACGCGCGGCAUCUUGCACUUCAACGGCCGCGAGGUAAUGACGGGCAACACGGCCAACGUGCUGGGGAAUCCACUGUCGGCCGUCGCAUGGCUGGUUAGCCGAUUGGCUGCCUACGAUAUCGAAUUCCAGCCGGGGCGGGUGAUUUUGCCGGGCAGUUGUCUAGAGGCAGUGCCCAUGGAGGAGACUGGGCAUUGGAAAUGCACCUUUGAGGGCUGGGGUACGAUUGAAUUCGAUGUGGUUUGA